UUGCUAGGAGGGGAGAAUUUUCCCUCGGUCCCUUGCAGCAUCCCUCCCCGGCACACACACACACACUCACACACACAGACACACGCACACGCACACAGACAGCGGCACCGCGCUGCCUGUGUAUCGGCGGCCGCCGCCUCUCCGGACCCCCGAGCGCCGGCCCCGCGCUCCCCGCCGCCGCGGGGCGUCCUCCGCCUGCUGCAGCGCCGCCGGACCCGGCAGCCGCCGAAGGGGGGCGGCGGUGGCGGCGGCGGCUCCCGCUGCUCCGCGGCCCCGCACUGGCAGCCGAUCUUGGACUCUGAACUUGAAGAAAUUCUUGGUUAUAUGCUUCUUGAAACCUGGAGAAUAUCUGGAAUAAAUAGGGUUGGCCAUGAGAAUUCUCAACAUUCCUUUGGAAAUACCGUGAUGGGGCCUCUGGGAAGUUACCUUUAGUUCCUACAGAGCCUAAUGAGCUGUGUGUGGGCCCUGCAUUUGGUGACAGCCCAUCUCAAGAUGUUGCUAAUACAGUAGUUAAUUAUUCCUAGCUGAAGAAGUUGAACAGGAACAAAAGGAAUUUUGGAAAGCAAUGGCUGCCGCAGCUGAUGGUUUGGGAAGUAUAGCUAUAGAUACCACACAACUUAACAUGUCAGUCACUGAUCCAACAGCUUGGGCUACAGCUAUGAAUAACCUGGGGAUGGUUCCAGUAGGACUAGCUGGACAACAGCUUGUGACAGAUUCAAUCUGUGUACCAGGCUUUGAUCCAAGCCUUAGCAUGAUGACUGGAAUCACUCCGAUUAACCCAAUGAUACCAGGCAUGGGGUUAGUGCCGCCACCACCACCAACAGAUGUGCCUGUAGUCAAAGAAAUAAUUCACUGCAAAAGCUGCACACUCUUCCCUCCAAACCCAAAUCUUCCACCACCUUCGACAAGAGAAAGACCUCCUGGGUGUAAAACAGUGUUUGUUGGAGGAUUACCAGAAAAUGCAACGGAGGAAAUUAUUCAGGAAGUCUUUGAGCAGUGUGGAGAUAUAACAGCAAUUCGGAAAAGCAAGAAGAAUUUUUGUCACAUUCGUUUUGCAGAGGAGUUCAUGGUUGAUAAAGCCAUUUACCUUUCUGGUUACCGCAUGAGAUUAGGAUCUAGCACAGACAAAAAGGAUUCAGGUCGCCUUCAUGUUGAUUUUGCUCAGGCAAGAGAUGACUUUUAUGAAUGGGAAUGUAAACAAAGAAUGCUGGCCAGAGAAGAACGCCACAGACGCAAAAUGGAAGAAGACAGACUGCGCCCUCCUUCUCCUCCGGCAAUAAUGCAUUAUUCUGAACACGAAGCUGCUUUGUUGGCUGAAAAAUUGAAAGAUGAUAGCAAGUUUUCAGAGGCCAUCACAGUGCUGCUUACCUGGAUUGAGCGAGGCGAGGUGAAUCGUCGCUCCGCAAACCAGUUUUAUUCGAUGGUGCAGUCGGCCAACAGCCACGUCCGCCGGCUCAUGAACGAGAAGGCCGCUCACGAGCAAGAAAUGGAACAAGCCAAGGAGACUUUCAAAAAUGCCUUAACGGGGAUCCUCACUCAAUUUGAGCAGAUUGUCGCCGUUUUCAACGCUUCUACCAGACAAAAAGCUUGGGACCAUUUCUCGAAAGCCCAGCGAAAGAACAUAGACAUUUGGCGAAAGCAUUCUGAGGAGCUCCGAAAUGCUCACAGUGAACAGCUCAUGGGAAUCCGCCGGGAAGAGGAGAUGGAAAUGUCUGAUGAUGACAGUGGUGACAAUCCCAGUAAAAAGCUGAGAGUAGAUGAUUCAGCUCUAGCCGCCCAAGCAUAUGCGCUAAAAGAAGAGAAUGAUAGUCUUCGAUGGCAGCUGGACGCUUACAGGAAUGAGGUGGAGCUCCUGAAACAGGAGAAAGGACAGCUCUUCCGAACAGAAGAAAGCCUUACAAAGGACCAGCAGCUGCAGUUCCUGCAGCAGACAAUGCAAGGCAUGCAGCAGCAAUUAUUGAGCAUACAGGAAGAAUUAAAUAACAAAAAAUCUGAACUGGAGCAAGCCAAGGAAGAACAAACACAUACACAAGCAAUGCUUAAAGUCCUGCAGGAACAGUUAAAAAGUGCCAAGGAAUUAGCAGAAAUCAAUGGGCAUGAUGAAUCUCAGGCAAAUGAAAUCAAUGUAUUGACAGUAGCAUUGGUCAACCAAGACAGAGAAAAAAAUUCAGAGAAACGAAGCCCCGGUCUAAAAUCAGAGAAAGAAGCACUAUUAAUAGGUAUCAUAUCCACAUUUCUUCACGUCCACCCUUUUGGAGCCAAUAUAGAAUAUCUUUGGUCUUAUAUGCAGCAGUUGGACUCUAGGAUCUCUGCAAGUGAGAUAGAAAUGCUUUUGAUGAGACUGCCACGCAUGUUUAAACAAGAAUUUACUGGUGUAGGAGCAACACUGGAAAAGAGGUGGAAGUUUUGUGCCUUUGAAGGAAUUAAAACUAUCUGACUAUGACUAGUGAUGAAGUUAUGCAGAAGAAGAAUUCCUAGAGCAUGGCAGGGUAAUAAAAUAUUAAAGUAAGAAAUUUGGGUUUGGGCACAUAGUAGUAUGUUUUCAAAGUUAUCCAAGCCUAAUUUUAGUUAUAUUUGUGACGUUCUCUUGUGAGUGGAAAUGUAGUUGUGCACCAGUUCCUAAAAUAAAAUAAAAUAAAUUUUUUUAAAAAAAGUUUCCAAAUGUGACAGAUCUGUUUCCUAUGAAAACUGAAGAAAGAUACCACAGUCAUAAUGAUUUCAAAAUACUACAUGUCCUACAUCUAAGAAAAGCUCAUUGAGCAAACAGUUAAGGAGAAAGAUUGCCCAGUUAUGAUCGCUAAGCUACAGCGAUGUAUAUGUAAUAUGUAGUAGAACUCAUUAAGUUUCGUUAUUGAAAGUUCUUUCUGUUUGGUAAGAAAAUGGAGUAAUUUUACAGUGAGGAAAAGCAUACCAAAAGAAAACUUGAAGAUGUGUCUGAAGUUAUUGUAUUUUGUAAAUUAAGUUAUAUGCUGUACCAGGGAUUUUUGCCUUAUUGAAAGAGGCCUGAAAAUGUGAUUGGAGUCCUCAAGAAUGCUUUAUCAAGAAUAUUAUUUUUCUAAUGUAACUAUUCUCCAUUACAAGUUCUUUUAACAUGGAUUGCAUAUCAAUUUUCAUAAACAUGUAAAUAAGGAGGAAACCAGUGUUACUGUAUUGUAUUUGGUAUGUAACAUUCAGGUUUAUGCAUCAAAAUAAAUAUUCAGUUGCAUUACUGUUACAAAUUUUAUAGCAGAUAUAUUAAUUUUUAUCAAUAAAUAUGACUUCUACCA